AUGUUCAGCUGCCCCGUCUGCUCCAUCUCAGCCUGCGUUCUCGUCUCGCUCAAGGGUUCUGUUCAAGCCUACGAGAUGUCCCACCACUCUUACGACGAGAAGGACAACGCCUCCGACAGGGAUGUCAAAGAGCCCGUCCCCGACGUCCCGGUUCUCCUGACGGAAGACCAGUUUGGUGACAAGUAUGUCCAGUCUCGUGGCGUCAGCAAGAUUGAGGCGCUUCGUGCUGCCGCGAAGACGUCUACUGCGGGUCAGCGCAUGCUCUGGAUCAUCGGGUCAUGCGUGUGGAUUGCCGCGUUUGCGUACGCACUCCAGUCCAGUACGAGCUACAACUACUCCGUCUGGGCCACGUCCAGCUUCAAGAAUCACUCGGCCGGCCUGUCCGCGCUCAACGUUGCCACAUCCAUCAUCGGCUCCGUGAGCAAGCCUUUCCUGGCCAAAUUCGCCGACAUCUGGGGACGUACCGCAACGUAUCUGCUCGGCACGAUCUUCUACGUUAUGGGCUACGUCAUCAUCUCGCAAUCUCCCUCGCUUGCCUCGUACAUUGUAGGCAAUGUCUUCGCGAAGCUCGGUGGAACGGCCGUAUCUUUCAUGAACUCCGUCGUCGUCGCGGACUUGACCGAUCUUCAAUGGCGUGGCUUCUUCACCUCGCUACUCUCGGUGCCCUAUCUGAUCACGCCUUGGUUCACCGCGGACAUCGUCGCCCAACUUGGAACCAAGAACAACUGGCGCUGGGGCUACGGUAUGUACGCGAUCAUUCUGCCCGUCUGCACUCUGCCGGUCAUCUGCGCGCUCUUCUGGCUCAGCUUGCGCGCAAAGAAGAUGGGCAUCCAUUCCGCUGCUGAUGCCAGUGCUGCGGCUGAGGGUGGUAAGGAGAAGUCGCCGGAGAAGCCGGUCGUUCCGUUCUGGCAGCGCACCAAGGAGAUUCUCAUCGAACUCGACGCAUUUGGACUUCUCCUGCUGGGCUUCGGCUGGUCGCUCUUCUUGCUUCCGUUCUCGCUCGAGGGUUCUGCGAAGGGUCAUUGGAACAACCCGUCCAUGAUCGCCAUGAUGGUUGUCGGAAUCUUGUGCCUCAUCGCCUACGUUCUCUUUGAGAAGUUCGUCUCGCCGAUGCCGAGCUUCCCCCGUCGCAUCCUUGUCAACAAGACCUUCAUGAUGUGCAUCGUCAUCGAUUUCAUGUACGAGUUCGCGGGCUACCUCAAGCUCACGUACCUGAGCUCGUACACCUACAUCGUCUCCAACUGGACCCUGCAAGGCUGGACGUACUACAGCAACACUCUCACGCUCGCGCUCUGCUCCUUCGGUGUCGUCGCCGGUGCUCUACAGCGCUACACACACAGAUACAAGCCCCUCCAGGUCAUGGGCCUCUGCAUCAAGAUCAUCGGCCAGGGCCUCGCGAUCUCACCUAGCGGCCAGACCGCGACGACCAGCACGGCACUGCUUGCCGCCAGCUCCGUUCUCACCGGCAUGGGCGGCGCCUUCUCCGUCGUCGGCUCCGAGACGGCUUCUCAGGCGUCGGUGCCGCAUCAGGACAUGACCCUCGUCAUGGCGCUUCUUUCGCUGUGGUCGAGCGUCGGCGCCUCGAUCGGUUCUGCCAUUGCUGCCGUCGUUUGGGCAGAGUGGAUGCCGCGCAACCUGCGCACGUACCUUCCCGCGUCCGUUAACGACACGAUGGUACAAAAGUACUACAAGGACAUCACGCUCAUCCGCGACUUCGACUAUGACGACCCCGUCCGUCAAGGCGCGAUCGAAGCCUACCGCCACACCCUCUGGAAGCUCUUCGUCCCCUCUCUCUGCCUGUCCUUCAUCUCGCUCUUCGCCGCAUGCUACCAGACCAACUUCUUCCUCGGGAAGCAGCACAACGCGGUCACGAACAUCGGGCCGGAUGGCAAGCCGCUCCCAAAUGAGCAAGAAGAGAAGAAGAAGGAUCUGACGGGUAUGAGUCUGCCGCGGAAGGGCUUGUACUACCUGUUCGGUGUUUAG